UGCUGGAUUUGAGGUGUGCUUGGGCCAGCUAUAUGGGUAGGACUCAUCUGGACCGUGGCUGAUUGAACAGGCCUACAGACCAAGGGAGUCCUAUUCUUCCCAACAGUGGCUUGCACGCAUGGGCUAGGAGGAGGGGAGGAAUUGGAAGAGUGCGCUGCUUGGUGUAGGUGAAUUUGGCGGCUCAGUUGGAGGAGGGGAGUGAGAUAUGGGCUGGUUCGGUUGGUUUGCCGAAUUGGGCUGCCCAAAAGAGUGGAAUUGAUGAAUGACAUAAGGACUAAGUCCAUCAUUCAAGAAGUCAUAUGCAUGGGAAGGGGGGUAUACAACUUAGCAAAAGGAAAAACACUCUCACCAAAUAUAAAUGGUAAUCGUAUAUCUCACAUAAUUCAACAUGUAUUUUUCGAUGAAUAUCGUAGGGAAAGUUAUUGGAACGCUACCCAGAUUCUUUGAGAGCUUCAGGACUAAUUUUGGGAAUCGGGGCGAUUCAAUUUACUGUAUAUGCUGCGAUUAUAGAUCAGAAGAUUGAAUAUAUGCAUAUCGAUUUCACCAUUAAGAGCACUAUGAUGUUCAACCUAGCGAUUACCUCUUCCGGUUUGAUGAUGAUUCUGACUACAUGGUGCAUUGCGGAAAAUAGCUCUUUUUUUACCGCAAUGUUAUAUCCGAUUGCACGCAUCAUAAUCGCUAUAGUUAGCCCAUUUAUGUUGAACGAGGACCUACACUUAGGAAGCUUGAUAGGACUCAUUGUAAUCAACAUCGGAUUCUAUCUUGUGAUUUGGGGUAAGAAAGUUGAUAGCAAGGAUACUUCCCCACAAGAUGAAGAUGAGGAGAGGGCGUUAAGAAAACAUCCUCCUAAUUUGUUUCGUGAUAUUUCAAGUCAUUCUGAGUGUUGUGGGUGGCAAAUAGGUUGUAGUACUCUUUUCAUGCUUUGCAAUAUUUAAAACAUGGUAGAAGACUAGUAGUUCGACUAUGUAUGUGAUCUACCCUAGCUCUACUAUAAGCAUAUGAAUUGUAUUUGGUGGUUUGUUGGUUGAUCAAAUAUAUAUCACUUUUAUUAAAAAAAUUUGUACUGGACUUUGUAGGUAGUAGUGACGUAGUGUAGUACUUUGUAUGAAACGCAAGAUACCUAGAUAAUUGUUACUUACACAAACAUUGAGAUCUGUUGAUCUAUCUAUGCAUUAUUAUUAAGCUCGGCUAUUACAUACUUUAAACAUUUUCCUACCAAAUUAUAUACUCUACUUCAUAUUUAAUCUUCUUAGCAAA